AUGUUGCUAUUGGCAACAUUGUUAGUGUCAUCGUCAUGGGCCAUCAAGAGACCACAGGCCUCGACUCGCAACAGCAUACAGGUCACAUCACACAACAGCCCACCACUGCCACUGAUCACAUCGGACUGGAGCUCCAUUGCCCAGACAGAAGAGACUUGCAUGCAGUGCGUACAAUUCUUUAAUGUCUACCUGCAAGAGAUCAUUGACAUCAUCACCGAGUAUGGCGUGGAAGAGUCGUGCUCGCUGAUUUGUGGCCACCUAAACAACUCAAAUGCACGCACCACUUGCACGGUGCUAUGCGACGUUAUUGGUGUCGACAAGUUCUGGAAGAUCUUUUUGCUCGAUGGUAUCAAUCCCAUCUAUGCCUGUCAGAUGAUCUCGACUUGUCCGAUCGGAGUUGAUCCUGCUGUCGACUUUCAGUCGUUUGCCAUCGCUCCAAAGUCUGGCUAUCCAGGUCAGGCCUUCACCAUGACACUCAACUUUACAGUAAUCAAUGCCACUGGUACAGGUCAAUUUACAUAUGUAGUAUUCUACUGUGUAAAUAAUUCAAAGUAUUUGUACUCUCAGACAUUCCCAAACUAUACACCAGGAACAUACUCUGUUGACUUUGUCUUCCAGACUAGUGACAAUGGAACCUUCCCAUUUGGUGCCUAUCCAGUUCAAAUGUUCAUGUGUGCCAAUGAAUGUGGAACCACAACUCCAUACUCUGUAGCAUUGAAUCAAUCGGCAUUGAUUGAGUUUGAUCUAUUAGAACCUCAAGCAUCACUCUAA